AUGACGGUCUCCGCACAACGCGCGCUCUGGUGCGGCUUCCGGUUCAACCCCACGGCGGAGGAGGCCAUUUCCGUGUACCUCCGACGCUGGGUCGCCGGCGAGCCGCUGCCGGACACGGAGGGUAUCGUCUAUGAGACCGAGGUUUACAACUCCGAGCCGAACGAUCUUGCCGCUGCGUUCCUCCAGCUGCCCAAGACGGAGAACCGCUUCUUCUUCACCACCUGCAAGCGCCAGAAAGCUGGGAGCAGCUACAGGAUGUUGCGCGCCACCAGCGCCGGCAGCUGGGUCGCCAAGGGCAAGAAAGUGAUCCAGAACAAGGCCGGCGAGACGAUCGGCUACCACGAGUCCCUUCGCUACGUGUACAAGGACAAGAGCCGCGCGUCGGAAUGGCUGAUGGACGAGUACCACCUGGACGGAUCCGCCGUCGUCGUGGGUGGGGAUGAGGAGAAGGAGACUCAGGAGCGCGUCUUCUGCAGGAUCUACCCCAAGACGGGAUCCGUCACGGUCCAACAGUCUGCUGCAGUGAAUAAUCGUCUUCUUGGUGUUGGGAUGAUGCAAGAAUCUACCAAGACAACCAUGGCCGCGGCGGCCGCCGUGCAGCCGCGCCGACAAGAACCGAUGGCGCCUAUGCUACGACCCGCGAUCACGCAGCGGCAGGCGAUGACGAAGCCGCCACUGCAACGUUUCGUCACCGUUCCGCCGACGCCCCCGACGUCAACGCCACAGGCACCCAAGAGGCCGACGCCGAAGGCUGUCGAUCCGCCGCGCCGUAAGCGGAUGCGCGUCGCUGCUGUACUGCCGUCUCUUGAGGCGUCACCACGGCCUACACCUCGACACGACGUGGUGGGGUAUGACGGGUGGAAGCGACCGUCCUGGUAUCCGGCGGUCCCUCAGGCUCCCACGGCGUCUUGCUCGAUGUCGACGGUCGUGCCUCCUCCCCUUCCGGCGGCUGAUCAACCGCCGCCCAACAAAAUGGACGACGACGACUUCACCAGCCUGUUGGCGGCCGAGCUUGAAUUAGCGCUACAAGAGGAGGACCACGGCUUCAUCAAACAAGAAGCCCGCAAUGACGACGACGGGCUCGUGAGCAGGUCGGAGGGCGACCUCCAAGUACGUGGCGCCACAGAAGGAACACCACGCCAAGAUCCAAGAUGA